ACACAAAACAUGCCCCACAGGAGCCUGAAAAUCGUUUAUAAGCAGGUGAGAAGGUCACCCAUUGUGUAAGAUCUAAGAAAAAGCCCAUGGAGCCAAGUACCCGGAACCAACUGCGCAGUUCUUCUAACACAAUGCUGGGCACGAGCAAUUCUUCUCACGUAAUCUCCAAAUUCAACGCUCAUGCCCCGUGUGGAACUCCUCCAACCAUUCAGAACACCAAAAUGGUCGCCCCAACCAUACGAAUUGUGCAUAUUUUCCCACCAAAGAUUAUCAAAACUGAUCCGGCCAAUUUCCGUGCCCUUGUUCAGAAGCUCACUGGAAGACAUUCUCACAGCCCAUCCAAAAAGCCCAAGAAGAAGAAGCUGAGAUCUCCUGUAAUGAACCCACCUCCAAUGGCGGGGCUCAGUGAAGAUGACAGUUUUUGUUCAAAGCAGACAGAAUGUCCAUUCUACCAAAACCCAGUUGCAGAAAUCAAGACAGAGUCUUUUGGGUGUGACGGAAUAAAUCUGUGUGAUAAUUUUGCAGGAUUUUUUGGUGGGUUUGCAGAGUUCGAUAUGUUUGGUUCAAUACUCCCAGAAAAUCCCACAAUUGGUCCUCAUGCCGAUCAUCGAAGUGGCAUUUUCAUGCCUUUGGAGAGUGGUGGAUUUAGUCAUUUUUCUUAGCUCUUAAUGACUUUUCUUCUACAUGCUUACCAGAAUUUGCAGAUUCCUUGCCAGAAGUGCGUGCUGAUCACCAGAAGUUCUUGUAUAGUGUUUGCUGUGUAUAUAUUUCCUUCAUCGAUGUUUUGCAUCUCUAAAUUUCCUCAUAGUUAUCAGACAAAUGAGUCCUCUUUUAGAGUUAGCCGGCAUUGCCGAGCUGUGAUGGACUCCAUUUUGUAUUAGCACAGAUUUAUGUAAUCUAAAAAACUUAUUGCCA